GCACGGCACUGCCGGGGCGGUUCUGCCGUGCCCUCCUUCUCUCUGCAGCUCUCCGCGGGAGGUUGUGCUGCGGGGGCCGGUCUGUGCCCUGCCUGCAGUGAGGGGACACAGGGAACGGCCUUGAGCUGGGACGGGCUCAUGAGGACUUGAAAGACUGAGCUGUUGUUAACAAGACACCUCCUGAAACAUGGUGGAUUACUAUGAAGUUCUGGGAGUGCAAAAGCAUGCCUCAGCAGAGGAUAUUAAAAAAGCGUACCGUAAGUUGGCACUAAAAUGGCACCCUGAUAAAAAUCCAGACAAUAAAGAUGAGGCAGAACGGCAGUUUAAACAAGUAGCUGAGGCCUAUGAAGUUUUGUCAGAUGCUAAAAAACGUGACAUCUAUGACAGAUACGGAAAAGAAGGCCUAAUAAAUGGAGGUGGAGGUGGAAAUCAUCACGAUAAUGCAUUUGAUUUUGGAUUUACAUUCCGUAACCCAGAUGAUGUCUUCAGGGAGUUUUUUGGUGGAAGGGACCCCUUUUCAUUUGAAUUCUUUGAAGACCCUUUUGAGGACUUCUUUGGGGGCAGACGGGGUCCAAGGGGAAGCAGAAGCAGAGGUGGUGGAUCAUUUUUCUCUGCCUUUGGAGGAUUCCCUACUUUUGGAAGUGGUUUUACUCCAUUUGACGCAGGUUUUACUUCGUUUGGUUCUUUGGGACAUGGGGGCAUUACUUCGUCGUUCUCCUCUUCGUCAUUUGGUGGUGGCGGGAUGGGCAACUUCAAAUCAGUAUCAACCUCAACUAAAAUAGUUAAUGGCAGAAAAAUUACUACAAAGAGGAUUGUUGAGAAUGGACAAGAGAGAGUAGAAGUUGAAGAAGAUGGCCAGUUAAGGUCGCUAACAAUAAAUGGGGAGGCAGAUGAAGAAGCCUUUGCCGAGGAGUGCCGACGGAGAGGACAACACGCGCUGCCUUCCCAGCCGGCCAACGCUCGCCUGCAGAAGUCUCACAAGCCUGCCAGUUCCCCUCGAUAUGCCUUUCAUUUUAAUAGUGACGAGGUGGAAGAACAGGAUAGAAACCGGGUCAUGAGCAGCUUCGAGGCCCCUUUUCAUUUAUCAGGUGUGCACAAGCAUGGUGGGGAGGAACACGCAAAGGACGAUCCAUCAGCUAGUCAGAAGCCAAAAACAAAAAGCCAAGCAAGAAGUUGGUGCUGUGUAUUGACUUAAUGUUAGCUCCUUGAUAGAUCAUAAACAGCAGCUUAUGUGCCUUCAUCCUGCUUUAGCUCUGAUCUUCCAUUUAGCCUAGAUUCACUAACGCCCUGGGAUACUUAAGGAUCCAGGGCAAAUAUUGUUGUGCUGCUGAAGUGCCUCUGCUCUUUGUUGUUAAAAGUGAAGGCCUUUUAGAGGUUAACUCAUCACAGUACUUUGCACAUUCAUUUACUUAAAUUGUGCUUGGCUUCCUUGUCCAAGGAGAAGUUCAGCAACUUGAUACUAUUUCUGGAAGCUGCAAUUUUAGGCACCUAAAUCUUAAUAGAGAAGGCCGAGACCGUUCAGGCAAAUGUGGCAAUGUGGCAAUUGUCCGGGUUAUUUUUGGAAGUAAUUAGUCCUUUGAUAUAUUUCCAGUCUGUAAUGUUUUGGCAAUGUAGUCCAGAGGCUAUCUUGGACAACAGACUCCUCAUAACUACUUGAUUUAAUUGGAACCUGUGGUCAAAGAUCAUCCAGGACUGCCAGGACAGGUUUUUCUGAUACAUUAAGAUGCCUUUCUACUUGGAUGCCCAAUCCAAGGGCCCUUCUCAGUAGUGUGGGAUUAGGCAAAGUGCUGGGAAGUGUGAGCACAUGAGGCUCCUCAGGGUAAACGCAGCACAUGAAGAAUAUGCACUGUCCCCCAAAACAGGCACUCAUGUACUCCCAGUGCUGCACCAACUUCCACUGUGUUUAUGAGCCUUUAAAUCUAACACUGCCUUCUGUAUGGAAGACCUAAAACUACCAUGUGGGAUGACAGGUUGAAAAAAUAGAAGCGUUUAGAUAAAUGUCUUCCUGAUCAGUUGCUGGAAGUUUUGUCUUUAAGGAUGGUGAAGUUGAAACUUUUCCUUAAAAAAAAAAAAAAAAAAAAAAGUUACAGAGGCCUGAAUGUAACUUCUGGGCUGGUGUCCUGAAUCUCCCACUCAAGGGUUACAGGUUUGGUCUCCUGUGUCUGUAGCUGGCAAAACAAAACCUUGGCUGUGCCUUUGGAGACGUGAGGGUCUCUGCACUCAUAGCAAUACUCUGCAAUGAUUUCUGAAGGGCAGCUGAGGUUGACAUGCACCAUGCAAUUUUUGGAGCAGUUUUUAAGAUUGCUUAGGACUUUUUGCUGUGAAUUUAUUUAUGCUCCAAGACGCACAAGUUUGCAAUUAAAAUUAAUUUCCAGAAGUAUUAGUGCAAUCACAAAAUCCUCUCUUCUACCAGUAGAUUGUGAGUUGCCAUAAAAGACUCAGGGUGGAAAACGUGACUGAAGUAAGACUAAGAUUUUACUGUUGAUUUAAAUAUUUUGCCUGCUGUUCCUCUGAUGGACAGGGCUGCUGAAGGACUGGUCGGGUCAGUCAUAAAAACCUACGUGAGUGUCUUAAUCCCUCCUUGGGAAGUUUUUGCACGAGCCCUGGCCAGUAACGCCCUUGUUCUUCAUGGGUGUUCACCUCUGCUGACUGCCUUGCCCAGAAAGGAGGCUUCACCAGCACAGCUCUGUAAUUACAGAGGCCACUGACUCGCUCCCGCUUGGCUUCUCAUCGAUCACUGCGACAGCUGCCGUGCUUACACGGGCCAGCUUUGGGGGAGAACAGCAUCUUUUUCUGCCUUGGUCCAGAGACCUCUCAAUUCAGUGGAAAAUUGUUAAGUCCAAUGGCCUCAAACCAGGCACUGUUCCACCUCAAAUCAGAUAGUUUUGCCACCGCUGGUGUGGGGCCCUUGGCAGCAGGACCACGCGGCAGUUUUAGACGUUGUCCCAGUUGGAGCGUCUCAAGCAAACCCUCAGUCAUUAAUGAUUUACCUGCAGUGAAAUGUUUUUUGUUUUUUUUCCCAGCCCUAGGAAUGGGACUGUUUGAGUUUUGAUUUGUAAGUCUGUAGGAAAUCUAAAUGAAGGAGAAGGGGAUAGGUUUAAUUUUGACAAUGUGUGGGAAUCCCUCUGGAAGUGGCAUCUCUCUAGUGCCCAAGAGGAAAGUCUGGCCAGCUCAUUUAGGCUGUCAUCCAAUAUCCAGAGGGGAGAUGAAUCCUCUCCUUAGUCAGGAUUCCAGUUGUCACAGUGGGUAUUUAAUAAAAAAUUAGAGUUUAUUUUGAUUCUCCAUCUUACACUUCGUGUUUUAGUGGAAGUUGCUCUGGAAGCUGUUCCUAGUUUUGUAAUGGCCAUUUAGAAUAAAACUUCACCUCUUGUGCUCUGAA